ACGAAUGAUGAAGAACUCGGGACAAUCAAAUCAAACGGGACUCCUCACGAUCUUUCAUUCGCAUCCAUGCACAGCCCAUUGCAAAACCCAUUGACGUUGACGACCACUCAACCAUACCGGUACGCACUGUUGCUGUCUCAUUACAUCUUGUUUCUCUCAUCAAGAUAGAUGGACUCUUCAAGCACCAACUACGAUCCCAACAGCAUCAUUUCGGCAGCCGAUGCCCGGUUGACUGCGGGAGACUUGUCGGGCGGGACACUGGCGUUUCAGUCGGCGUUGUUGACGUGGGUCGAUGACGCCCGCGAAGCGUCCGUGCCGAAUGAAGCCCUCAACGAUGCCAUUGCGACGCUGUGGCUGGCAUAUGCGCAGUUCUUGCGCAAAGCCAAACAGUUCAAAUCUGCCACGGACGCCUACGAAGAAGCCAUCAAAUGUCCCAUUGCUGGCAAAGUGGGAAUGGUGUGGCUCGACUAUGCUCGAUUUGCCGAAGAGCGAGACAAGAAACGAACUGCGCAAUCCGUCUUUUUGAGGGCGCUAGUGGGAGAUGGAAAGGAAUAUUUAGAAGGCGCCGUCAAGGAUGAACAAGAUCGACAGUUACUAUGGCAAGAAUUCCUGGAAUUCAUGAGAAAAUCAAAUCCAUCCUUGACUCUGGCCAGUCUACAAGCCGCUGUGGAAAACGAACAUUUGGGCGUCACUGACAAUUCACCCAUACCACCAGGAGCCCAAUCCCCUGUACGAUCGGGAUCUCCUGUACCACCUGCUUCCAAGCGAGCACGAUGGGCCGAACCACAAGCUGAAGAAUCCAAAACUCAUGUCGUAAUGCUAGAAUCGGUGGAAGCAGAAGCGGCAGAAUUGCUCAACCGAACCAAUCAACCCCAUUUGCCUCCCGAAAUUGCGGCUGCUUGGAUGGUACGGGAUGGGGAUACUCCGCCACAGCCUCCCGAACCACCCUUGUUUGGGCCCACUCCACCCAAAUUGUCCGAUCCAACCGCCAAGGAUAUUCUAGGAGAAGAAUUGGCCUACAAACUCAUGCAAUGUCUCCUGAAACCAUCGGGAGAUGCCGUGCUGCAAGUCUGCCGUGCUCUCUGGACCAUGACUGCCUUGCAAGAAGAAUCCGCCGCCAAGUCACUCGAGCGAUUGGACAAAUCCCUCCUGGCGGAACAUGAAAAAAUAGAAGCCACCUUGGAUACCCGUCUCGCCGUGGCAGGUGCCGCCCGUUCCGCAGUCGUUCAAAUGAACGAUAAGGAACGAGAAUCCUUUCAACAAGCGUGUCGACAACAACGACUGGGGCGGUCCAACGAAGUUGCUUGGGAGUGUCGACAAUUGCUCUGUGUACAGCAACAACUAUUGACUCAUAUGAAUGUGCCGGGAUUUGACGGACCCACGGUGGAUGCCUCGGCGUUGGACCUGCAGGCUAGAAUCUGUUCCUUUCUCCAUUCCGCAUUUUACGUGCGCAAUCGCAUUGGAGAAGGUCCGCAUCGGGCGACUUUGAAAUCGCAGUCCGAACGAUUGAAGAAAAUACUCGAUGAUCCCAAUCGUUCCGUGUCGCCGGUGCCGCCGCCCUCGACAGCGGCGACCUUUGCGGGGGCGCCACCCAUGCCCAACAACAAUCCCAAUAAUUAUGGAGGUGGACAGUAUCCCAUGCCAGGAGCCAUGGGGAUGCCACCCAUGCAUCAACAGCAACAACCUCCUCCUCACUACGGAGGUAUGCCACCGAUGGGAUAUCAGCAGGCACAGCCAGGACCUUACGGACAACAACCCCAUGUGCAGCAGCAGCAGCAACAACAGCAUCAACAGUACUAUUAUCAGUAGCGCGCUGUACUGUUGUUUCGAUUCGAUUCAAUCAAUCAAUCAAUCACCCCUAUGGGGCACGCUAAUAGGAAUAGUAAACAAUCCUUAC